GCCAUUCGCCUCCCAUCAGUCGCCCGCCGACUCCGCUUGUGCUUGUGUGAUUUGCGCUGCUCCGUGCACCGCACUCGUGCCCCGAUCACGACGCGUGCCGCCAAGCUGUGGCCGCGAACGCGACCUCUACGCAACCGGCGAAACAUUUCUCCUAACUUACGUGCAACUUGCUAUGUUUUAACUUUCGGACAUUUACAUCCCUUACCCGGCUUGUUUACCCCUCAUCAUAAUUGAGCCCCGCACCGCACCGGCUUGCUCGCUGACCGCCGAGCCGCUAAUCUCGCUUUUUUCGCGCCCCACCGUCGCCCGCCCAGAACCGCACCGGCCGCCGCCAUGCUCGCGCACCAAGCACCGCUCGCCCUCUACUAAACUCAAUCGUCAACAUCGAUAAGAACGCGUGUGAUAAUAAUAUUUUAAUACUUGCCUAAAUAAGCUUGCAACGUCGGUGUCUUUAAUUCUAACUUAAUUGUAAGAUUAAUCUUUAGUAAGUACUUAAUCGGCGUCGUCUCCGCGCGUGUCUCGCUGCGGUGUCGCGUACGUGCGAGUGUAUACCUGCUAGUGUGUGGUAGUGAAGGGUGCGCGAGUGCCGAUAGUGGCAGCAACAGCAGCAGCAUAUUGCCAGGCAGUGUAAGAAGUGCAUGCUAAGAGCGCGCGGUCGCGCUCGCCCCACGCGGCCUAUGCGCCGCACUCGCAUAGCGUAACUGCGCGCACUAUCAACCCUGACUUCUGUGGCAACAAUGGCCACCAUGGUGAACAUGAAUAGCCUCCUUAAUGGCAAAGACUCACGCUGGCUGCAACUUGAAGUGUGUCGCGAAUUCCAACGGAAUAAGUGUUCGCGGCCUGACACCGAGUGCAAGUUCGCGCAUCCCCCAGCAACUGUUGAAGUGCAAAAUGGAAGAGUCACUGCCUGCUACGACAGUAUUAAGGGUCGGUGUAAUCGAGAGAAACCACCUUGCAAGUAUUUUCAUCCACCGCAGCAUCUCAAGGACCAGCUGCUGAUUAACGGCAGAAAUCAUCUAGCACUCAAGAACGCAUUAAUGCAGCAAAUGGGCCUCACGCCUGGUCAGGUGCUGCCUGGCCAGGUACCCACCGUGGUGGGCGGCUUGAGCGGCACGGGUGCGGCCGCGAGUCACCUCGCCGCGCUGGACCCGAUCUCUCUUGCUCUGCUCGCCCCGCAGGCAACGUCACCAUACUUGUCAUCAGUGCCUGGAGUGGGUUCGACGUACGCGCAAUACUACACGCCACAGUUGGUGCCUGCAAUGCUAGGUCACGAUCCUGCCGCUGCCGCUGCCUCACCACUUGGUGUCAUGCAGCAGCCAGUGUUGCAGCAGAAGCUCCCUCGCACCGAUCGUCUCGAGACGGCCGCCGCAGCCCAGCAGCCGGCAGCGAGCGCGACUUCGGAGCCGGGCAAGAAACGACCGGCACCCACCGAGCUCGAGCCGCCACCGAUGGACAUGAAGAGCGUCGGAUCCUUCUAUUACGAUAACUUCGCCUUCCCUGGUGUAAUGCCGUAUAAACGACCCGCCGCAGACAAAGCGGGCGUCCCAGUUUAUCAGCCGGCGACGACCUACCAGCAGCUAAUGCAACUCCAGCAGCCGUUCGUGCCCGUGUCAUGCUGCGCGCCGCCCAAUGCGCCCUAUGUGGUGUACACCGACGAGCGCGGACAGUUACUGGACACCCUCCCGGUGUGCCAAGAUUUUAAUCGACAAGGAUGUACAAGACCUACCUGCAGAUUUGUUCAUAUUCGUGAAGGGUGCGGGCUGCAGGUGGUGGGGUGCCGCGUGGUGGUGUGUCGCGACGCCGCCGCCGGCACGUGUCGCCGCGCCGCCUGCCGCUACUACCACAUCCCAGUUCAAUUGCCGCCAGCUCUUCGUCCUCCUUAACCUCUAGUCCGCAACCCGUCCGCCCCCGCACCCUCGUCCUCACCUCAUGACCUUCACCCAUGACCCCACACCCUCACCCACCACAGGUCCCGUCCCCCGCGUCGCCCGCGCCCAGCAUUAUCCAUAUCGAUCGCGCCUCUGGCACACUCGGGAAAGGCAGGUUCGGUCGGAUCGCACUGUCGCUCCCGCAGCGGAGGUGGUGAUAUCUUAGUGAAUAUCGGUUAGUGUAGUGGCGGGGGCGGGCCGCGGCCGCAGCGGCGCCCCGCCCCCGUCUUGAGAGUGCGUAGUCUUCGGAAAGGAGUGUGUACAUAAGUAGCGGGAUAUGAUUCUCAGGCACGGUCAUGCGAUUGUGAUAUGAAUAGAUUUCGAAACGCCGGAGCCGUAUUGAGUAAUUUUAUCGAGAUCGUCGAAUCGUAGUUAGUGAGGUUUCAAAUGUUUUAUUAAUAUUGUAUAUUAUUUUUUUUAAGAUACGAUAUGAGUUCCUGUAAAGAUCGGUGCGAUCGCCAUGUGGCACAGCACGAAAACUUUGUUGUAUAUAAGCGAGGUAAUAUUUAUGGGUGGUGCGCAGUGGCGCCGCCGCGGCGGCCGCCGGCGCGCGCGCACUCGGCGCCGUAGCUUUCUACCGACGGCUAUGGCCGGUGUCAAAAGUUGCAUCACCCCACUCCUAUUGUGAGCAUUUUUGUGAGAAUUAUGUUACUUUUUUAUGUACGUUAUAAAAUUACGUUUUAUUAGAUGACAAGUUUUACACUAGAUUAGAUUAAGCGAAUCAGUAAAGAAACACCAAUAGCGUAGCCGCUUCUCUCCUUCGGCACUGAAACUUUUGACGCCGGAGCACAAUUGUGCACGUAACGUGGAGCGGUGCGGUGGAGCGCCGCCAGUCGGUACGUCGUUCUUCCCUCAACGAGCCAUCCCAUUCGCAUCACGUCCCUCGGUACCGACGCGGCGCAUCGCCUCGCGUCGCCUCGCCUCGCCUCGCCUCGCCUCGCGUCGCGUCGCGUCGCCCAGUUCACACUUAGUAUAGAAUAUCACGACACUCGUAGAGUGAUAGAAAACAAACAUUCGAAAUACAAUGAACGUUAUCGGACAAUAUUUAAACGAAGAAGGCAUACUUCCAAGCUAUUUACCUAAAUUCUAGGAUAGAACGUCGGCUUUUAUUCCAGAUAGAUUUUGCUAGAUAAUCAUUCUUUUACUGAUCGAAUCCCGUCUAUCAAAGCACAAAAUAUAACCGACGAUCGAGUCCAGUUAGCUCUCGGUGAGUACAGCAUAAAGAAAUAGCUACCUAUAUUGUUUUGAACAUAAACAGUAUUAACGUUUCGAUCAAAUUUAUCUCGUCGUAUGUAUGUAGAGGUGAUAUGCGGAUAGAGAGAGAGUACGGGAGCGAGCGCGCCGCAGCCGCCGGCCGCGUGCGGUCCGCUGCGGUCCGCCCGCCGCGGCGCGCUCGCCCCGAGGGCAUGGAAGCCUAAUGCCUAAUAUUAUUCCUAGUCCAUAUCCUUUUUGUUGAUCAGUCAUGCGAUUAAUGUUAGAAUAAAUAUUAAUAAUUUGAUUUAUUCCUCCCAUUUAGUGGAUAUUUUGAUAAUGAUAUAUUAAUAAUGAAAUAUUUAAGAUACAUAAUACAUAUUUGAUUCUAAAUCCUGAUAAAGUGACACUACUUUAGUAAUUUAGUCGGGGGGAUACUUGUGCCGUGAUUAUAUUUUUAGGUAUAUAUUAUGAAAUAAUUCCUAGCGUCGGAAUUAAAGAAGUGAUUAAUGUGUAAGCGUGUUAUAUUUAUUGUCGUAACGUAAGUGGAAUGCCAUAUCGAUAAAAGGUGAAUAUCGGAUGCGGAGUCAAACUCAUUAGUAACUCGUUGCGUUUGUGUUUUAUGUUGAUUGUUAUUAUCAGUCCUGUGCUAGUGGCUAAGGUGAACAGUUCACUUUUAUCAAUACGGCACUAUGACUAUUAUAUAAUAAGUUGUCAUUUUAUUUUUUUGUUGAAAUUUAUCGUUUCAUGAAUUAUUUGUUGCCUAUAAUUUUUAUAAUCAAAAUUUUAUGAUCUGACGCAUUUAUUGUAAGACAAUCGAUUACUUUUAUAAUUAAUUAGUGUGAUAAUAAUAAUUAUGGUAUCAAAUUGCCGUUAUAAAAGAUUGAACAUCGAAAGUAUCCUUCCUGUUUAGAAGGGACUCUUCUGGCCCGAAGUUUCUAGUGGAUUUUAUAUUUUUCUUUUUGUUGUAUAAUGUUGCGUGUGUCUUACACAUAAUAUAUUUCAUUUUUGUGAUAUUUUUAACUAUAAAGUACUGUUAUUAUAAAUGCAAAUGGAGUAAUGAUGACCUAAUUAAAUAUUCAAGAAUUUAUUUGUAAAUCACAAAAAAAAAUGUAAAACUGUAAAUAUAUUAACAAAAAAAAAAUGAACUGCAACACAAUAAUUGAUUAUUAUAUCUCUCAUCAAAUAUACUGUAAGUUGUUUGAGUACCUAAAUAUUGGUAUCUUAUUAUGUAGUAAGUACAGUCUACUUUAAACCGGUCCAGUGAUCAAAGUAUUUAUAAUAUUGUGAACAUUUUUUUAUUCACGAACAAUCACAGAAAGUACAUGACAUUGUAAUAUUAUUUAUGAAAUUACUAUGUGAUGUGAUCUUCGGAUCAAUUUUGAGUACAGCAUAGAUAAUAAACAACUGAAUAUGUGA